UCCGCUGAUGGCCUUAGGCCAAAUAGGAAGGUAUCUGCAAUAAGAACUGAAAAAGGGACAAAAAACAACUUGGACGGUCUUAUAAUGCCCGCUGCUCGGCUUUAGACAACCCCACGGAAAGCCAGGAGUUCUCCUCUACUCUUCCCAGGACCCCUUAAUUACACACAGCAGCAGCUGGGAAAAUGUCGUGUCGUGACAUCCACGCCACAAACUUGUUCGCCUUUCUCAUUGCCCUGGUGUCAGUAACCGGCUUGAUCGUGGCGACGCUGGUCCCACAGUGGCGGAUCACCCAUCUGAUCACGUUCAACCGCAACGCCAGGAACGUGACCGUCUAUGACGGGCUGUGGACUAAGUGCGUGAAGCAGCAGGGCAGCACAGGCUGCUAUUUGUAUGACACCGAGUGGUACAGCCGCGUGGACCAGCUGGACUUGCGUGUGCUGCAGUUCGCCCUCCCCUUCAGCCUCCUCUUCUCCAGCCUCUCGCUGCUGCUCUGCAUGUGCGGCAUGUGUAAGACCGCUUGCUGCUCCGCCAAGCCGGAUCCGGCACCCUCCAACGGCGGGAACUGCCUGGUGAACAGCGCAGGGUGCCACCUGGUGGCCGGAAUGCUGCUCUUCGUGGCCGGCGCCAUUGCUAUGGCGCCCUCGGUGUGGUUCCUCUUCUACACCGAGGUGCUGAACAAGCGCUACGACAGGCUCUUCGCCAACGACUUUGCGGCCUAUGUGGCCAUUGGCUGCUCGGGGGGGCUUCUCCUGGCUUCCCUGCUCUUCAUGAUGUGGUACUGCAUGUGCAAGACCCUGCCAUCCCCCUUCUGGCCUCCUCUGCCUGCCGUGUCCGGCAGCCUCUCUACCCAGCCCCUCGUCUCUAAUGGAUACCCAUCUCCCGUGUAUGCUCCACAGCCCUUCCCUCCCCAGGGCUACGCCCCGGUGCCGGUCACAGAGCCCCACAUCUUUGCCCCUGUGCCGGUCACCGAGCCCCAGGUCUUUGCCGCGCCUCAGUCCUACGCACCAUCCUUGGGCUACGCCCAGAGUGUGGCGCCUGCCCCGGCCACAUACAGGCCUGCUCACUGCGGCUCCGAGGCAGGCUUCUCUCAGGCUUACACCACGCACAGCUACGCCCCCUCCCAGGCCUAUGGCUACGGCAGCCAGCGAUACUCCAGACGCUCACGCCUCUCCACCAUCGAGAUCGACAUUCCAGUGCUGACGCAGGCCAGCUGAAGUGGGGGGGGGGGGGGGGUGCCGGACCCGCAGUGGCCAUUUACAGAAUGCUGCUCUGUUAGCCUUCCAGUAGCGUGAGAAGAAACUUAGCGCCCUGGUAAUCGGUGCCACCAAUCCAGCAGGGCUGGACAGUCUGAGCCACUAAAAUUGGCAGCAUUUGCUAUCUUACAUAAUUUAGGUGCUUAGCGAAUCUUUUUUUAUAAAUAUUUUCAGUGGUCAUUUAUUGGGGUUAACUGCCUUUGGGGUGGGAAGCAAUUCCAUCCACCUAUCCUGGGACUCGAUCUUGCUGUCUAAAUAUCUUGCUGGAUGCACCCAGCUGAGUAUGUGGGACACCGUCUGGCUCUCCUUUGAUCCCCCCCAGUCUCACAGUGAACUUGGCUUGGACCCUCUGUGCCUACAGCGGUGUGAUGAAGGUCCUUGGGCUCUCUGGAAUCCCUCGUUAAGAUGUCCAGUGUGCAUUCCAGUGAUGACACACUGAUAUCACUCUAAAUGGGCCAGUUUUCCUUCUCUUAAUGACAGUAUGUGUUACGAUGUUAUAAAAAUCUCAUUAAGGACACCAUCUUUAAAAUGGAACAUAUUUGACACUAGCUAGUGGACUACUGCACUUUCCUAAGCUCUGAACACUGACUACUUAUUUUUUACUGACUACUCUAAUACACAUUUGUAUAUUAUAUACCAGUACUUUGUUACAAACGUAGACUAUUCUGUAACAUACUGUUUGCUUCUGUAGAUUUACGGUAUUUUUAAAAAUGAAGCACCUCAGCUGUACUGAAAACCCUGUGAAGUGAGGUAAUGUGCUCAUGCCUGACUGUGCUUUAAGUCAUAGUCUGUUUUCUGUGAUAAGAGCUGCUCCGUGAAGCAACUUUCUUUGUGCAUAACAGUCUGUUACUGCUGAAUAUGACACGGUGAAUAGUUCUGUAAGUGCGAUGCCCGGUCACAAGCUAAAUUCAGGUUAUUCGGUUUUGCCUUGAAAACUGGCAGCUUGUUUUACAUGAAUCAUUAAUGUUCAAAGGAAUGUACGCCAGCUUCUAAUAAACUUGCACUAACUUUA